AUGUCUUCAGUUCCGCCUCAGAGAGAGUUUAUCAACGAGCAGGUAACUCCUGCUGGAGAAACAUUCACAGAGUUGAAAGAAAUCAACGUAAAGAUGGAGGAAGAGAUGGAGGAUCAGCGCAGACUGAUGGAUUUCAGCCGGAUACCGAAGAUCAUCUUACACCGAAUAGAUCUCCCACAAUGCUGGAAAGAGGAGGAGGUUCUCAAUGAGCUCAGCAACCCAGAGGAAAACUCCACUUUGGAUCAAGAGGAACCAGAACCUCUGCAGAUAAAACGGGAACAAGAGGAACCAGAACCUCUGCAGAUAAAAGAGGAACAAGAGGAACCAGAACAUCAACAGUUCAAAGACGAAGAGAAGCAACUCUGCAUCAGUCAGGAUGAAGAGCAUCUUGUGCUGAAACAGGAGACUGAUGACAUGUUGGUGAACAAACAGCAGAAAGGCACAACUGAGACUUCAGAAAAAGAAAAACACAAGAAAACUCAACCAAACCAAAAUCUAUAUUCUUGUAAAAUUUGUGAUAAAACCUUUUCUCGAAAUAAUUCCUUCAUGAUACACGUGAGAACUCACACGGCCAAGAAAUCUUUCACAUGUUCAACCUGUGGAAAAGGUUACACUCACAAGAGUCGUUUAACUAAUCACAUGAGAAUUCAUACAGGUGAAAAACCGUUCACAUGUGCAGCAUGUGGAAAAAGUUUCCAUCAGAUUGGCAUUUUAAACAGACACAUAAGAAUUCACUCAGGUGAGAAGCCUUACACGUGCACAACCUGUGGAAAAAGUUUUGCGUCUAAAUCUCAGUUACUUGAUCACAUGACGAUUCAUACAGGUGAGAAGCCUUUCUCAUGUGGGAACUGUGGAAAAAGUUUCCGGAGGAAACCUCACUUGGUUAGUCACAUGAGAGUUCACACAGGUGAGAAGCCGUUCUCAUGUGGGACCUGUGGAAAAUGUUUCGCUCAUAAAAAAAGUUUAACUGUUCACAUGAGAGUUCACACUGGUGAGAAGGCUUUCUCAUGUGGGACCUGUGGAAAAGGUUUCACUCAUAAAAAAAGUUUAACUGCUCACAUGAGAUUUCACACAGGUGAGAAGCCUUUCUCAUGUGGAACUUGUGGAAAAAGUUUCACUUAUAAAAAAAGUUUAAAUAUUCACAUGAGAAUUCACACUGGAGAGAAGCCUUUCUCAUGUGAGAUCUGUGGAAAAGGUUUUACUCAUAAAAAAAGCUUAACUGCUCACAUGAUAAUUCAUACAGAUGAGAAGCCGUUCUCUUGUGGAACCUGUGGAAAAUGUUUUGCUGUAAAACACCUUUUACAUUUUCACAUGAAG